UUGAUCAUACCAUUAACGAACGCAACUAAAAGAAGACGAGCGUCUCCUAUUGUCAUCUCAACUUACUACCAAGACAUCUGCCUCCAGAUAACAAUGCAUGUCCGCACGAUGAAGGCAUUGGUGAUAUUUGUGACUGCGUGUGUCGGAAACUGUGCAGCUAACCCUGUGGCUGCGAACGAUACGGGCGUAGAUGUAAAGGCCUUUAGAACCAGCAGAAUAAAACUUGGGGACAAGGAGGUGUUCACAGUCACCAAUGCGGAUGGAACACCUUUGGCAAUCAUUGAUGUUGUCCGAAGUGAGGGAUAUGAAAUCGAGCUAACUCCAGAUGGCAGAAAGUGUCGGAUAAGCCAGGUCCAAGACAAAAGUUCGUGUUUCGAAGAGGCGCCACUUACGGACGAUGAGCCGGUUUUGGCGCGUAUUUCUGACCGUUGCAAAGGCAGAGAGAUCGUGACCUUGAAGCCAAAGGAUUGCAAUGCAAAAUCCAGUCUCGAAAAAGAGGACUCCACUCGAGUAAAACGGGCUUGGUGCAAAACAUGGGGAACUCGUCAAGAUUGUGGCAUGGAGUGGUUUCUACGCUGGGUAUGCAACACAGUGCACUGUUGGAUUUGGUACCCCUGUUAAUGCCCCAACCACGGACGACAAGUUCUAACUGUCAGCUUAACGCUUACUUACAACUGUCUGAACUUUUAUAUGACAACUUGCUUCAGUUCGUAUAUUUAUACAUUGAUCUUUUUUUACAAUUAUUACUGUUUUCUAAAUAUUUAGUUUUUUUUCAGAAUUAUUUCAAUUGUUUUUUUUUACUCCUCUUUUAUAUUUUCUAUUCACUUAUGUUGGUGUAAACACAAUACUUUAUUUAUUAAUAACUUCUUAUAAACCUCAUAAAUCUACCGUAUUUCAUAAUACUUUAAUAUGAAUAUUAACACUGUUUUACAAUACUUUUUUUCUGAAUGAGCAGUUUGUCGUUAAAAUAUACAUUUUUUUUCAGAGAAUAUCUUCAUUUUUCAACAAUUUGAAUGAAAUAGUGCAUCUAAUAUCUUAAUUCAUAUUUGAUUUCGAUACUUUAUCGAUUUUAUAUAUUCACUUAAUUUCGUUAAAACAGAUAGCGCCUUCCCAUACAUUCUUGAAAAUUGUCAUAUAUCUGUAAAAAUAAUUCAUAAACAUGUAAUUGUAUGUUUUCCUUUUACUUUUUUGAUUUCUGUUGUUUUUUGUUGUUGUUAUAUUUACGCAUGUGUAUUUAUUUAUAUGCUUAAGUCGCAAUUAAACUAUUUGUUCUUGCUUCUCUUAUAAAGCAAACUGGCAAUAAAUUCUUA